AUGCGCAGUGAGACGCGCGCGUCCGGCCGUUCCCACUGCGCGUGUGCUCAAACCGAGGCGCCGAGCGCCGAGAGGCUGCGCACGGAGAGCGCGCGCGAUUGGUCGAAACGCGAUGUGAUCGCCGAGCCCCGGAGCAGCCGUGUGACCUCCGGCAAGUUAUAUUCCCUUUCGGGCCCCAGUUUUACCACCUAUGAGGAAGAUGUCGCUGUGGGAUCAGAGGGCAGAGAAGCAGGAGAGUGCGUACCCCUGCAGCAGGCACCAGUCAAUCCUGCUACUGGCCCGCUUGGCGGAACUACAGGAACAGAGCCCCUUAAGCCUGUCCCGUGUGGGUGGGAAAGGGUGGUGAAGCAGAGGUUAUCUGGGAAAACAGCGGGACGAUAUGAAGUAUAUUUCAUCAGCCCACAGGGACUGAAGUUCAGAUCCAAAAGAUCACUUACUAAUUAUCUUCUCAAAACCGAAGAGACCUCUCUUAAACCAGAAGAUUUUGAUUUUACCGUCCUUGCCAAAAAGAGCCGCCAGCCCAGAUGUGAAGACUGCCAGGAAGUUCUGACACCCCAGCUGGCAAACAAUAGGAUCAAUUCAACCUGGAGCCUUAGAACACGAAACCGAAGGAAAAAAGAUGAGUCUGCUCAGCCAAGUGGUAGUUUGGAACUGCAGGAGAGCCAAGAACUGUCCCACUGUACUUCCACUCAUUUGCUCUUAAGAGAAAAGGAGGAUGGACCUGGGGCGGUUUCCAGAAAGGUUCGACAGGCCGAAAGAAAGAAGACUAUUUGCAACGCAGUUGAUAUCAAGAAAACGAAAACGCGAUGCAGGAAGAGUCUUCCAGAUUUUGCUCAAAGUAACGGAGAAAGAGCAUCUGGAGAGAGUGAAGCUGAGGCUCAAAGUGGGCCUGUUGGCCAUGACAGUCAACCGAAUAAAACUUCCUGCGUUUCUGAUGCCCCAGCCAACAAACCAGCCGUCUCAGUGACCAGCACGGAACAGAGACUUAAGAAAGCAACCUUGCAGGGUGCAGGAUCAAAUUUGCAAGCAGGGCUAAUAACAUCUGGCAUUAUAAACAAUUUAGCUGCAACCAAAGAAGCAGAAGGCACUGAGAAGUGUGAGGAUACCUUUUUAGAAUCAAAAGAAAGAACAGAAGUAGAAGCUGAGGGCAGGAAGGAGCAUUUGCAUAUGGACGGUUUCAGCCGCGGCUUUGAAAUGGACAACGGUUGCUCACCAACGGAGACAGAGUCGCCUGUGGAAACAGUUCCAGAGACCGUCGCCCCCCGGACACAAGUAGAAAGAAGGAAAACAAGCCUGUAUUUUUCCAGCAAAUAUACGAAAGAAGCUCCUAGUCCCCCUCGACGCAAAGCUUUUAAGAAGUGGACGCCUCCUCGGUCACCUUUUAACCUUGUCCAAGAAACGCUUUUUCACGACCCGUGGAAGCUCCUCAUCGCAACGAUAUUUCUCAAUCGGACCGCAGGGAGAAUGGCCAUCCCUGUGCUUUGGGAGUUUCUGGAAAAGUAUCCUUCGGCUGAGGUAGCAAGAGCCGCAGACUGGAGAGAGGUAUCAGAACUUCUAAGGCCUCUUGGUCUCUACGACCUUCGAGCAAAGACCAUCAUCAAGUUCUCAGAUGAGUAUCUGACAAAGCAGUGGCGGUACCCAAUCGAGCUCCACGGGAUCGGCAAAUACGGCAACGACUCCUACCGGAUUUUCUGUGUCAACGAGUGGAAGCAGGUACACCCCCAGGACCACAAGUUAAAUAAAUAUCAUGACUGGCUUUGGGAAAAUCAUGAAAAAUUAAGUCUAUCUUGAAACUUUGAAGUUUUAUAUCUUUUUUUAAUCAGUUGCUUUGCACUUUGAUUCUUAAAGCUCCGUAAAGAAGGAAUUCCCCCUUUCCAAGCAGACAGAUUUUAUUCAAAUCAAUCCAACUAAAAACCUAAUUGUUUUCAUCUUUUUCUUUUCUUUUCUUUUUUGUUUUGGGCUACACCUGGCGGGUGCUCGGGCGUUACUCCUGGCUUUGCACUCAGGAAUUACUCCUGGUGGUACUUGAGAGACUGUAUAGAAUGCCAGGGAUCAAACCUGAGUUGGUCACAUACCAGGCAAACACCCUACCCACUGUACUAUCUCUCUGGCCCCUAAUUAUGUUUUCUUAACUGAGUGCCACAGACACAUCCUUACUACUGAUUAUGCUAGAACAUGGUUUGCAUUUUGCUUCAAAUAAAUUAUUUGAAAGCAGUCCUUAAAA